AUGUCGCAUGCAGGAUCAAACGAGGAUCGGGCACGGAUGGUUGUCACGAAAGUAGUCAAUGCUCUAUCAGCGAAAAUGGAGAUUGGUGGUCCAAUGGUAUGUUCCUAUUUGCUUGGUUUUCCAGACCAUUAUACCAACAUACACUUUAAGAAGUUCUUCUGGGCUCCGUACAUCAACUAUGUCGUGAAUACAUCCGGAGGCAUUGCAUCGACAUCUGCCAUUUCCGACUUACACUGUAACAUCGACGGAUACAAUGACGACAGAGAUCGUGUGGUCAUUGGUCAGUCGAAACGUGAAAUCGUCCCCCUGAACAAGAUCAAUGAUUACAUUUAUCGUCCGAUUAGGUACGAGCAUUAUUGUCUUUACGACUAUCUCAUCCAAACCGACGUCAUCAGGCGACGUCGGUCUGUAUCCUCUCAUGCAGCGGCUACAGGAAUCGACGAUGAUCAUGGUCCAAACCGUUUAUUGGCUGCACAUCCGCUUCAUGAUACUCACUUUGUCACAGAUGUUGAUACAUCUAAUCAGUAUGUGCUCACUUUCCUUGGCAAAGCACUUCCCCGUCACGACAAAGGGGAUCGGGAGACCUACUGUCAAACGAUGCUUACAUUUUUUUACCCACGUGGUUGGCGUUCGGGAAUUGAUAUUAAAGCAAUGAGUGAAAGCUGGGAUGCCGUAUUUCAACGGACCACGUUCGCAUCUCACCAUGUUCAGGUUAUGGCCAACAUGAAUGUUCUGUAUGAAUGUCGAGAUGCGCGUGAUGAUUUUUCUGCGCAACGGCUCGCUAGUGAACGUUUGUCGUUGGGUCUGGGAUUUCUCAAUCCUUUGAUGUUGGAUUCACUGGACAUUGAGAGAGAUGAGUCUAAUGUCAUGUCAGAUGCCAACCAAGAACAUUUACUUUCAAUGCUUCAUGAUCAUCUUACGUGUCUAGGAAACGUUAGCUCUCACAAUGCAGCCCUCACGUCGGAAAUGCAAACACUAUUGGGCCGACUGCGCACUGAUAGGACAGCUUCGUCUCCAAGCACUGAUAUUCAACCUGUCAUCGAUAUUCCCAGACAAUCUGCCACUGCAUGGAAGGCAGCUGUGUUGUCUGCAAAACAAACUGUCAUCCAACAACGGCUCGAAGUGGCACAUGGAGAUAUCAACGUUGAUUGUUACUCAACCCGAUGUCUUCCAAACUCGGUAACUGUGUUGACGUUCAAUGCCGAUGAGUCCAAUAUAGCUCAUGCUGAUGGUGUCCCUCGUUCACUAGAGGAUAAUACGAUAUCGUUAAUGAAAGAUAUCAUGCAUACCUUCAACCUCAAUGAAGAACAACAACGGAUGUUUGGUGUUUGUGCUCGACAUCUCCACCACCAUGAAUGUGAACCUCUUUGGAUGUAUCUAGGAGGUAUUGGAGGCACUGGAAAGUCACUUUCCAUUCGAGCUGUCAGCACCUUUCUUACACGGCGUGGAGAGGCAGGGCGAUUUUUGCUCAUGGCACCGACAGGAUCAGCUGCGUGCUUAAUCUCAGGCUCAACCUAUCACUCUGUGUUAGGA